AUGGCAGCCGAUAUUUGUGCAGAUCAUCCAAAUGCUUUAUGGGACAGGAAAAAGCAUAUUGUAACCUUAUCGUAUGAAGAUUCUUUUGAUGAAUCAGAUAUUCCUACGAAAUCUCGCCCCUGUCAGAUUUAUGCUGAAUUGGUUGAUUCCUGUAAAAGAGAAAUUGAUAGUUUAUUACAAAAGGGACUCAUAAAACCCUCUAAAUCUCCAUGGUCUUGUACUGCUUUUUAUGUUAAUAACGCUGCAGAACAAGAAAGAGGUGUUCCCAGCAUGGGAGGUACUGACCCUCCGCCAUGGUCACAAGUGCGUGGUCGUGGAGGAAGAAAUCGCGGAAGAGGAAGAUCAUCCUCUUCUUCACAAGAAACAAGGUCGUCAUACGACUCUUCCUUUCCUGUUAUACAGUUAGGAAGUAAGACUCUGAUUAAAUCAAAGAUUGGCGAAACUUCUUCAUCAACUUCAUCUUCUAUAAAUCUUAAGGAUAUUCCUAAAGAUAGUUCAUUUAUAUGA